AGUGGCACGUACAUUGCAUAUGAUUUAGUUAACCGAAAGAAAAACAUAAUUUAAAACCUGGUAGAAGUUAUCUAGUGACGCUGAGUCUAGAGCUAGCGGGCUUUUUACGAUCUGAGUUCCGCAACUCAAACUACUAGCUAGCUCUACUAGCUUGUUGCACUGACGAUUUAGCCAGCUGAUCUGAGUACAAUAUCUCUUACGCAUUGCUUUGUUGUAGUCUGUACAAGCUCUUGGUUCCAUACCAAUAAGGAUGGAGUACGGGAAGGAAAGGGUUGUGGCGCUGGUAGACAUGGACUGCUUCUACGUCCAGGUGGAGCAGAGGUUGAAUCCAGCCUUGAAGAACACCCCAUGUGUGGUUGCCCAAUACAAGACGUGGAAGGGAGGCAGUAUUAUAGCGGUGAGUUAUGAGGCCAGGGCUCAUGGGGUGACAAGGAAUAUGUGGGCUGAUGAUGCUAAAAUACUGUGCCCAGAUCUCCAGGUGGCGCGGGUUAGGGAGUCUCAUGGCAAAGCAGACCUCACUCAUUACCGUGAGGCCAGUGUGGAAGUGAUAGAGGUGAUGUCUCGUUUUGCUGUAAUCGAGAGGGCCAGUAUAGACGAAGCCUACAUGGAUCUGACAGCUGCUGUGCAGCAGAGGCUGAAGGACAUGACAGAUCUACAUGUAGACCCUGGCCUGCUGAAGGCCACCCAUGUUCAGGGCUAUCCACAGGAUCCUUCAGACCAGGAGGGGGCCCCAGAGGACACUGGCACAGAUAAAGAGACGAAGAGGUCCAGAGGGCUGCAGCAGUGGCUUGGCUCCCUCCCAGUCCCUCCGGCUGGGGCCCUGGGGCUGCCCUGUGCGGAGCUGCAGCUGGCGGUGGGGGCUGUGAUCGUGGAGGAGAUGAGAGCAGCUGUGGAGCAGCAUACAGGCUUCCGCUGCUCUGCUGGGAUAUCCCACAACAAGGUGUUGGCUAAACUAGCCUGUGGCCUCAACAAGCCCAACCGCCAGACUGUCUUGCCUCUAGACUCGGUACCUGAGCUCUUCAACUCUCUCCCCAUUGGCAAGAUUCGUAAUCUGGGAGGAAAACUAGGGGCCUCCAUCUCCGAGACUCUGAAGGUGGAAAACAUGGGAGAUCUGACCCGCUUCUCUCCGGCUCAGCUUGGACAGAGCUUUGGGGACAAGACCGGACCAUGGCUGUAUGACAUGUGUCGGGGGAUCGACUUUGAGGCAGUCAAGCCCAGGCAGCUUCCAAAGUCUAUUGGCUGCAGUAAGAACUUUGCUGGGAGGACAUCGCUUGUCACCAAAGAGCAGGUGCAGCACUGGCUCUACCAGCUAGCUCUGGAGUUGGAGGAGAGGCUGACCAAGGAUAAAGACAUGAAUGGUCGAGUGGCCAAACAGUUGACAGUGGGUAUUCGGCAGUUGGGGGACAAAAAGCCAAGCAGCUUCUCCCGCUGCUGUGCGUUAGCACGCUACGAUGCUACCAAGAUCUCUACCGACAGCUUUGCCAUCAUCAAGAGUCUGAACACGGCGGGAAAUCACCAGGCGGCAUGGACUCCGCCCCUCACCUUGCUCCACCUCUCCGCCAGUAAGUUCAAUGACGCGCCCUCUGCAGGGUCUGGGGGAAUCGCUGGUUUCCUGUCUAGUGAUGUCACAUCCACGCAGAGUAAGUUGUCCUCCACUCAAACCACCCAGGCCUCUUCGGACUCCAGCCCUGGUAGACCAGGUGCCAUCCAAGCCUUCUUCCAAAGAGCUGCAGAGAAACAAAGGAAGAAGAGGGAGGAAGAAGAAGAAGAAGAGGGGGAGGGGAACGUGGAGGAGGGUGGUGGAGGCUCUGGGACUUCUCUCCAAUCAUCAUUCAUGCCUUCCUCUGGGGUUGAGGGCUGUGUGUCCGGGCAAUCAUCCUCCACUUCUACCAUCUCCUCCUCCAGGUCGUCCUCUCCCCCUCCCCUUGUAGUCGCCAUCCCUUCCCCCCCUUCGGCCUCGAUCACCUCCUUCUUCCAGAGGAAGACGCUGGAGAAGAGCAACUCUGGAACAGACGAGCACAUUGGUGGCCGUGAGACGGCAGGACACGACAUGACAGUAAAUGACAGAGACACACUGGAAUGUGGGUCACUUUCAAAGAAUGGCACAGCAUUAAGUGAGGAAACCGCUCAGGGUCAUCUGUUAGGCAGCCUCACUAGGAGGUCAGGCUCCCCUGUGUCCUGCCCCGCCUCCCCUCCCACAGCUUCCCUCGCCCCCGCCCAGCUUCCCUCCAGCCUCGUCUCUGAAGACCUGCUCACCUGUGAGCGUUGUGGACAAGACGUCCUGGCCUGGGAGAUGCCGGAACACUAUGACUACCACUUUGCUCGGGACCUACAAGACUCGUUCUCUUCCACAUCCUCCCCUUCUGUCUCCUCACUCGUCGCGGCCACGUCUCUCCCACCUCCACGGGUAGGAACAGGUACCCCCAAGUCUUCCCGGGGAAAGACAAGGGCGAGGGGCCAGUCAGGGCCCCAGGCCAAAAGGCCCCGCUCCCAGGGAGGCAGCAGCGGCACCCUGGAUGCCUUCUUCAAGAGGAACUAACGGAGAAGUUGAUGGAGAUAUAAAACAUUGUAUCCCUUUGUAAAUCCUA